CAUUGACGUGUACAUAGUGUGUACAUAGUGUGUAAUGUUCAAUUGUUAUGUGAGAGAUCGUCUUAUGGCAUGGAUUCAAGUUUUUCGAAAACUUCGAAACUCGUCAAAAGAUGAAGGAAUUCCGACCUUUUGCAUGUGUACAUGUAUGUUUGAAGGUGUGAGUGGGGGAGUGAGUUUCUUUGUCUUGUAGUGUCAGUAUGGAGAAGGACUCCGCCCCGCCGUACCCUGGCCCCCCGAUGGACUAUGGAGGUACUGCAGUUGGCCCCCAGCCCGGGUUCCAGCCAGGUUACCAGCCAGGACCAUACCCCCCGGCUUCCCCCCAGCACGGGUUUCAGCCAGGCCAGCAGCCAGGCUACCAGCCGGGCCCAUACCCCCCCGGCCCUGGCCAGUACCCAGCAGGUCCUCCUCCAGUUAUGGGUCAACCCACAGUUGCGGUGACCACGGUGGUGAUUGGUCCUAACAUGAGGGAGGCCCCUGGCCAGAUGGUGUGUCCUCACUGCCAAGAGAACAUCAUCACUCGCACCGUCCCAGAGAACGGCCUGUUGACCUGGCUCAUCUGUGGAGGACUGUGUAUCGUGGGGUGUUGGCCAUGCUGUCUGAUUCCCUUCUGUGUGGACUCUACGAAGGACAUCCAUCACGAGUGUCCCAAGUGCAACCGGCUCCUCCACGUCUACAAGCGCAUGUGAAGGUGCUGGAGAUUACCCUCUGAGUAGAUUCUAGGAUGAACAUCGACCUCAAGUGCAACCGAUUGAUUCACGUUUACAAACGCAUCUGAACUGUGCCCACAUGCCUACCAACGGCCCAGGAACCACCCCUCUACCCGCUGCCCAGGGACCACCCCUCUACCCGCUGCCCACCCCUCUACCCGCUGCCCACCCCUCUACCCCACCCCUCUACCCGCUGCCCAUUGACCACCCCUCUACCCGCUGCCCUGUGCCCACCCCUCUACCCGCUGCCCACCCCUCUACCCGCUGCCCACCCCUCUACCCGCUGCCCACCCCUCUACCCGCUGCCCAUUGACCACCCCUCUACCCGUGCCCAGGGACCACCCUUCUACCCCGUGCCCAGGGACCACCCCUCUACCCGCUGCCCACCCCUCUACCCGUGCCCAGGGACCACCCCUCUACCCGCUGCCGAUGCCAACUGUGCCAACUGCAGACAACUGAAGCUUCCUCUAUAUAACCACCAAGCGGCUUUAUGUACAUCACAAUUAUAUUACCGUAGUUUACUGUAGGGGGAUGAAUGAAGUCUUUUCCAUUUUAUACUACAAAAAAUAUUACAGUAGUUACCGUUGGUUACACAGCUGUAGAACACGUACACACUUAAUGUAAUGACUUAAUGCAUGUAUGUUUCAUGUACGUAGUGUGUGUGUUGCUCUGCAGCCGGUUAUGUUAUGUUAUGUAAUUAUAUAGAUGUAAUCCAGUAAACUUCAUAUGUGUUCCAUAACCACUCUCUAUAUAGGUAGGUGUGUGUGUGUGUGUGUGUGUGUGUACUGUAUGUAUGUAUUGGGGUGUGUGUGUGUGUGUGUGUGUGUGCGUGUGUGUGUUGUUCCUCUCACCCUAAACCAGGGACCUAAUAAUUGGCAGGUGGGAUUCUUGUAGCGGGUAAGUGGCCGAGGAUUUGAAGGAAUUUAAUUUGAUCAAAAUCGUGAUUAGGGAUAUAAGAAACCAAAUCAAAAUCGUGAUUAGGGUUAUAAGAAACCAAAUAAAAAUCGUGAUUAGGUUAUAAGAAACCAAAUCAAAAUCGUGAUUAGGUCAUAAGAAAUCAAAUAAAAAUCGUGAUUAGGUUAUAAGAAAUCAAAUAAAAAUCGUGAUUAGGUUAUAAGAAACCAAAUCAAAAUUGUGAUUAGGUUAUAAGAAAUCAAAUAAAAAUCGUGAUUAGGUUAUAAGAAACCAAAUCAAAAUUGUGAUUAGGUUAUAAGAAAUCAAAUAAAAAUCGUGAUUAGGUUAUAAGAAACCAAAUCAAAAUCGUGAUUAGGUUAUAAGAAAUCAAAUAAAAAGCGCUGUUUCAAUCAAUGCUGUCGCCAAAUCUCAAAAGCUGCAAUAACUGGUGCAGCUGGCAACUCGGACUCAGUGGUUAGUAAUGUGACAUUUAUGUUUUUUAAAAAACUCAUGUUAUUAGUUUGUGACAGAUAGUCAGAAGUACUCCACACGAUUGCUAAUUCUAUAAUGAUGAAUAAUUAUGGGAUAUUAUAUGGAAGUUAUUGUCAUGCUUGGAGUAGUAGCUAGAGCUCUUCAUAUUGUUCAGUAUGUUAUCUUGCCAUGCAGUUCAUUGGUUUUCAAUGUGUUAUACAGUGAAUCUUAAACUUAAACUUAACCCACAAAUAAAAAUGCAAUAUUACACAAUCUGUUUUGAAUAUUGAAUAUGUGUUAUUUCUUAAUGCAUUGCUUAAACUUUUGAAUAUUGAAUAUGUGUUAUUUUUUAAUGCAUUGCUUAAACAUUUGAAUAUUGAAUAUGUGUUAUUUCUUAAUGCUUUGCUUUUUCUUUGCUGAACAUAUACAGUACCUCACGUUCCUUCUGGGCUCUUGGGAUACAUUUUGUUGAAAGUUGGGAUGCUUAUGCCGUGAUCCUUUAGUCUCGUUAAAUCUCAUACGUCGUCGUCCCGUCGACGCUCAGCUGUCUCUGGACAUUUCUCCAGAACACGAAAACAUGGCCCUCAUUCUCCCUGAAUGGGAGUAAAAUGGGGUAUGGUCAUAAUAUUAUAAUAUAAUAAGUAUGGUCAUUGUGAAUUAAUAAAAUCAUUUUUUAGCAACUCAACUUCACAAGUGCUGUCACAUUUCUCCCGAGCCACGAUGGGCAUUAGCAUGCUAGCUAGUCAUUGUUAUUGUUUUGUGCUACUUGCUUUUUUAGCAAUCCGGCUGGAAAACAAAUAGUUACGUAUUGCACGCACAGUAAGGCCGUGAAUUGGUAACCGGAUAAAAGCAGUAAUGUAAUCUAGUAAUCUUGAAUUUCCCCUUGGGGAUCAAUAAAGUAUCUAUCUAUCUAUC